CCCGCGUCCGUCCAUGGACGAAAACGAUAGCCGUAGAGUGUGGACCCAACUUCUCUGAAAAGAACGGCCAUGGCUGAAGCAACGAGUUCCCUGUUUGCUCACUUUCAAUGUUAACGACUGCAACUCCUUGAAUGAGAGUUCCUACAUUUUCACUGAGCCAAGCUAUGAUUGUUCUUUAGAUUUCCAUGAACAGGCGACGAGGAUAAUUCUUUAAGCAAAUGGAGCUGGUUACCCGGAGUGCAUCACUGUCUUCUUCUGCUUCCUUUCUGUGUGCUUCAAAGUUGAAUUUUCCUGAAUGUCGACGCCGGAAUUCGAAGCAGAAUGUUGUUCGAGACCGGAGAAGAAGUGAUAUUCGCUUCGAUUUGGAUGUUAAUUGGUUUCAUUCAAGGAUGAAUGCUUCGGUGACUAGAGCGUGGAAUCGUGGAGCAAAGGUGGGAACUUCAAUCGCCAUGGCGGAAGAGGUUGAGGUUUCCAUUUCUAAUCGGUUUGAAGUGUUCGACGGUACUCCAACGCCUUUCGGUGCCACAACUCGAGACGGCGGGGUUAAUUUCGCUAUCUAUUCUGCCAAUGCGGUUUCAGCUACCCUGUGUUUGAUAAAUCUUUCUGAUUUGCAUGAGAAUAGCGUGACCCAGGAGAUCACACUUGAUCCCUUAACCAAUAAAACUGGGGAUGUCUGGCAUGUAUUUCUGAAGGGAGAUUUUACUGAGAUGCUUUAUGGCUACAAAUUUGAAGGGAAAUUUUCGCCUCAGGAGGGAUGCUAUUUUGACCCUUCUCGGAUUUUGUUAGAUCCAUAUGCUAAAGCCGUUAUUAGCAGAGGGGAGUUUGGUGCCUUGGGACCCAAUGACAACUGUUGGCCCCAAAUGGCUGGGAUGGUACCCACGAUUAAUGAAGAGAUAAAAAAUUUUGAUUGGGAAGGGGAUUUACCUCUGCAGCACGCACAAAAAGAUCUCAUAAUAUAUGAAAUGCAUGUAAGGGGGUUCACCAGGCACGAAUCAAGCCAGUCAGAAUUUCCUGGAACCUAUCUUGGUCUAGUUGAGAAGCUAGAUUACUUGAAGGAACUUGGAGUCAACUGUAUAGAGUUAAUGCCAUGCCAUGAAUUCAACGAGUUGGAAUACUUCAGCUAUAACUCUGUCUUGGGUGACUAUAAGAUGAACUUUUGGGGAUACUCAACAGUCAAUUACUUUUCACCAAUGAUACGAUAUUCUUCUGCAAGCAUAGGAAACUGUGGCCAGGAUGCUAUAAAUGAAUUCAAGCUUCUCAUUAGAGAAGCACAUAAGCGUGGAAUUGAGGUGAUCAUGGAUGUAGUUUUCAAUCACACGGCCGAGGGGAAUGAAAAUGGCCCCACUAUUUCUUUCAGAGGGGUUGAUAAUAAUGUGUAUUACAUGCUUGCACCAAUGGGAGAGUUUUAUAAUUACUCGGGAUGUGGAAACACAUUUAACUGCAAUCAUCCAGCUGUGCGUACGUUCAUUGUGGAUUGCUUGAGAUAUUGGGUGACAGAAAUGCAUGUGGAUGGGUUUCGCUUCGACCUUGCUUCUAUAAUGACCAGAGGUAGCAGUUUGUGGGAUGCAGUAAAUGUGUUUGGAAAUCCAAUUGAAGGUGAUGUACUCACAACUGGCUCUCCUCUUGGCAAUCCUCCAUUGAUUGAUAUGAUAAGUAAUGACCCAGUACUUCAAGGAGUGAAGCUCAUUGCAGAAGCAUGGGAUGCUGGGGGCCUCUACCAAGUUGGCACAUUCCCUCACUGGGGUGUUUGGUCAGAAUGGAACGGGCAGUAUCGAGACAUUGUACGGCAGUUCAUCAAAGGCACAGAUGGGUUUUCUGGAGCUUUUGCUGAAUGUCUUUGUGGGAGCCCUAAUCUUUACCAGGGAGGAGGAAGGAAACCAUGGAAUAGUAUCAACUUUAUUUGUGCACACGAUGGUUUCACUUUGGCUGAUUUAGUGACUUACAAUAGUAAACAUAACUUAGCAAAUGGUGAAGACAACAAUGACGGUGAAAAUCAUAAUAAUAGCUGGAACUGUGGACAGGAGGGAGAGUUUGUUAGCAUCUCAGUAAAGAAAUUGAGGAAAAGACAAAUGCGAAAUUUCUUUGUCUGCCUUAUGGUUUCCCAAGGUGUCCCAUUGAUAUUAAUGGGUGAUGAAUACGGUCACACGAAGGGGGGGAACAACAAUACGUAUUGCCACGAUAACUAUCUCAAUUAUUUCCGGUGGGAUAAGAUGGAAGAGUCAUCCUCUGACUUCCAUAGAUUUUGUAGUCUUAUGACCACAUUCCGUUAUGAAUGUGAGUCACUUGGCUUAAAUGAUUUCCCAACAGAUGAGAGAUUGCAAUGGCAUGGUCAUUCUCCUGGAAAGCCAGACUGGACUGAAGCAAGCCGUUUUGUGGCCUUCACAUUGGUUGAUUCGGUAAAACGAGAAGUUUAUAUUGCCUUCAAUGCCAGUCAUUUACCUGUCACUGUGACAUUGCCCGAGAGACCCGGAUACAGAUGGGACCCAUUGGUCGACACCGGUAAGAUUUCGCCAUUCGACUUCCUCACAAGUGACCUUCCUGAAAGAGAUGUGGCAAUCCAACAAUAUGUUCACUUCCUUGACGCCAAUCUUUAUCCCAUGCUUAGUUAUUCUUCCAUAAUUCUUCUACUCUCUCCAGAAGAACCUGCAUCAUCCUGAUCAUCCUGAUCAUCUUCUAAUAAUCAUAUCUCAUUUCCCUUAUAACUGUUUCCUCUGAUGUGUGUGUGUGUGUGAAUAUUUUGUAUUUACAUACACUAUGGGAUUUCAGUGACAUUUAUUUCUUAAUAUCUUAUAUGACCGACAUAUGAUUGGAUUGCAAAACUGUCAA